AUGUUUUGCGGCUAUGACGGGAGGUCCUCCGGUGCGAAUUCACUUAACGUUGGUUUUUUUUUUGUUGAUAAUGCGACAAUUUUUGUUUGGGAUGCGGCUUCAUAUCAUGUUCAAUAUCUCUAUUAUAUGUUUUCAGACUCAAGCACUAUCCGGUGAUUCGGAACGAACCCAAAGAACGGACGAUUCUGCCGCAGAAUCGCGCCAUAUCCCCACCGGCAGCCGUCCUUCGACGGAGCCAAACAGUGAAGGCGCCGCCGAAGACGUCGCUGCUUCUGCAAGAGUUUCCGCCGAGCAGAUGAUGAGCAUCAACGAGCAUCUCAGCUCCAUGCCCAUGCCGUCCUGGCUCGACGCUCAAUUUCGCAACCCGAUUGUUCAAGUUCGUUUCUAAUAUCUUUUUUGACAACAAAAUGCUGGAAAAAAAAACUCGGAAAAAUCACGAGAUAACUUUGAGGAAGCUUGAAAGUAUCUGCUUCCCAUUUUUUCCAGACUUAAAAAGUCUUUUUUCAAUUUACCUUAUGUGAUAAUAAUAAUCGUAUGAAUAGGUUUAUUGAUCCGAAUUUAAGAAACACUAGUUAUCUCUUGCGGCUUUGAGAAAAAGAAUCAUUUUUCGAAGAUUUUUGAUCAAUUGAUCAAUUUUUUUUGUUUUUUUUAAAAAGUUAGGUAAAAACGUUUUUGACAAGGUGUAGACAAAGGGAAAGCCUGAAAUCCUUUUUUUUUUGAUUUGGCCGCAAUCUGCUCUACGAGGUCCCUCCAUUUAAUCGCUUUUUUUUCGAUUUCUUCAGUUUUUUUGAGAAAAUCUUCCAUACUCUUAUUCUCAGCUCUUAACCUAUAUUUUAUAAAUCAUUAAUUUUAUCAAAAAAAUAAUUUCAGAAGCUUAAUUGAUUAUGGAUUUUUAGUUAUAAUUGCAAAAAAAGACAACUCGAAAAUUACCGUAAAUUCUUGAUAUUGAUUCGAAAAAUAAAGUUGUGAAAAAAAGCUUCCAAUUUUUCUCCAACUACAAGUUUACCCAUCUUCAUUACUUUUUGGUUUUCCGUGCAAAAGUACUGUUUGAAGAACAAGAAACUUGGCAAUAUUCAGCUGCUUUUCUCAGCGAAAUCCGCCAGAAAUUGUUAUCCCCAUAUUUGGAACGGCGCAAACGGACUUGCGGUUCCGAACUAGAGACCCUCGAGUGAAGUUCCUUUGUGUUGUGGCGACGAACGCGAUUGCAAAUGUAUGGGGGUUCCGAAGAACAUUGGCGCCGUUCGCCGUACUAAUUCAACACCUCACUAGGUGUGUGCUUUUUUGCACUUUUCUCCCCUUUUCUACCCUUUUGCGCGACGUGUUCGUCAUUGAAAAAGUUUUGAGUGAAGUGAACUUUCGGCUAUACUGUAGUUUUCCUCCAUGAACUAAUUUUGACGAAGAUUUCCCUGAGAAUGAUGAAAUUUUUGGACAAAUAUUGGGUUUUAGAGAGUACCUGCACUUUUCACACUUCUGGAUAGUUUUUCAGGUUGCUUCCUAGGGUCAGCAUCGAGAAACUAUCCUUAUAUGACUAGGUACUGACAUAUUUCUAAUUGAAACUUACUGCUCGCUCUUCUUUUUGAUGGAAAACGAGAGGCAAGUGCGGGAAUUUAAACAGGAAAUGAUGCUGCGCUUCAACUGCGGCAGAGGCCGUUCUGUCUGCUGUCGCGCGUCUCUCCUUCCUUUUUCCCUCGCUUUCGGUUUUUUCGUCUAAACUGCCGCUCUUUUCCACGCAGCGUUUUUUCAGCACCUCCAUCAAAAUUCAUUUCGUUUUUACAACGUUUCUAUUUUCAUUAUCAUUUUGUCUCAGUCUUUGAUUUUUUGCCACCCUUGCUCCUCAGCCCCAUUGAUCGAUAAUAAAACACCAAGCCAUAUAAAAGCGAAUCCUUUUAUUCUUUCCUGUUCGAUAAACAAAAAAAACCAAGAAAUGUACCGCUUUCUGUGUGAACUUUUCAAAUUCAUCUUCCAUUCGAAGUUCACCAUUUUUCUUCCAUUUAAAGAAAAGUUUACCAAGUUUGUUUAGUGUAUAUUUUUCUAGCUCUCUUCUAGAAAAAACCUGAAACUUCAGAAAAAUUGAUUGAAUACAGUUUUUUUAACUAAGAAUUCACGUUGUUGUGGCCAACAUUCCUCAUUAGUGACGGCUCGAAACAGUCUAACUUUUUCUCUUCUUACUCAUUUUGCAGUCAUAGAACAUUGAAAAAGGCCGCCACCAAGAGGUCACAGAUAGCUUUUAGUAUUUGAAGUAUCAGCGAUCGAAGUUUGGAGGGUGUGUCAUCUAAUAAUUCCACAAAAAAAUACAUUUCCGAAGGAAAUCCAAAAGAAUCGUGUAAGUCCGAAAUCAGGAUCAGGAAGAUUUUAAAAUAAAUUUUUCGAUAAUUCAAUAAUUCAAAUAGUCAAACUUUUAAUCGAAAAUGUUUUGAGCUGCGAAAAGGUUUGCUAUCUGCAAUUUUCAACUCCUGCUGUUUUUCUUCUAGAAAGGAAUAUUCUAACUUUUCCUUUGCGGAUAAAUCGUUCAAGUUCGACAAACAUUUUGUUUUUUUUUCUGAAAAAUCUCUUUUCUUUGUACUUUAUCCAAUUAACUAUCUAUCACCCCAGUACUACUUCUAUCAACAUCUUCUGAGAUAUUUUUCAUCGAGCAUAAGUUUUCAAUUUCCGGUUCUCGAUUUUUCUUCAUAGUUUGAAGUUCCCAUUUUUGCAAGAAGAGAAAAUUUUCCGUUUUUUUUUUUCAAAUUCAUUAAAUUUGAAACAAGUCAGUGUCGGUUGUGCGAAACUUAGAAGGUGGCUGCGAAUUCCGGGCUCAUCUGCGUCCGCCCGUCUUUUGAGUGCUUUUUCUCUGCCCACUCGCUUCAUUUCGCUCUUCACAUUUAGUAGUCUACUCCACGUCGUCGUCGACAAGGACUCGGCACCAUGGCUAUCGAUUUUCCGUGUCUGCACUUCAUACAUCUUUUUUUGGGGUUCGCCUAGUUGACUUUCUUUGAAACUUUAACCUUCCUUCCAGAUAAUUUUCAAACGCCCUUCCUGUAGAAAUUGAGAAGAUCGUAUCUCUUCGCUUUUUUCACUUUUCCCCCUUCUCCUUUCCAUUUCUAACAAUUAUUUUCAUUUCCUCCGCGUUCAUAUAGUCAAUUUUCCCCUACUUGAAAACCGAUGGCGGCAGGUUGGCAGAAGUGACUUUUUGCGGUAACGAUGCGGCACUGGGAACGAAAUACGAGAGUGUAGAAAGGACGAAGGAAAAAUGCAGUUUUUCAUAUUAUUAUUCAUUCAAAAUAGACUGAAGUCAAAAUAUCAUCAAAUGAGAAUGACCAAAAAUAUAGAAUAAAAAAGGAGGAAAAAAAGAAGUUCAGUCUUUGAAUUCGCAUCUCCCACCAAAAGCCGCGUCGCGGCCGCAACAAGUUAACCUGUCUACAUUUCCUUUUGAGUCGAAACUCUCGUUUCAAAGCUGAAAGGAAAAGUUCUUUUACAGUCUCCUCAUUUUAUUUGUGAGCUUUUCUGUUGCAUAUAUCCGAAAAUUUUCAAAAUCGCGUCCAAAGGAAAUUUUUACAACUCUAUACUUGUUAUGAAACCGAACCGAAACAGUAUAACCAUUUUUUUUUUCUGCCUCACUAGGGAACGCCAUUUUGUCAUAAUUUGCGUAUUUUUCAGACUUUUAAGCUUCAUUAAAGAGGCAAGAUCUAUUGCGAGGAAAUUUUUUCUUGUUCUGUCAUCAGGAGAUCCUAAAGUACACUCCAGCAAAGUUUCAGCAAAAGUUCAACCGGGGGGUAAAAAACGUUUCCUGGUCAACAGUAAAGCAAGAAAAAAUUUUGAAGAACUCAAAAUGAUCCUAGCCUCCAGAAUCUUGAUUAUGACACACCUGUGCUUUGAAAAAUAUAUCUUGUAUUGUAUAGUCUGUGUGCCACGACUUGAAAUUUCACCGAACGACAUUCCGCUUUUCCGCUGCGUGUGCUCGCGAAGCGUCUUCCGAAUUUAGGUCACGCUUUCAAUUGAUUGUUUUUGCUGUGGGAGCACAUGAAAGUAGAGUACUUUAUUAAAAGAAAAUAAAAAUUAAAAGCGCAACCAAGGUUCGUAAAGGCGUGGCGCAAAGCGGCACAAAAUCUGUUUUGUUCUGGAUGAAAUGUGAACAUUUUUAUUUCCUUUUGCAAGUGAAAAUUACAGCGCGACCUGGAGAUGCUCAAUCUGGGAAUCGGCGUGAAUGGGCUGGGUCCGACUCCGCAGCACAUUUCGGCCAUGACUGCGGGAAGUUCGAAAGCCACCCCGCCGGUCACUCCCAAUGUCCACGCGCUCCUUCAAAGGUUCACAUUUGCGCUUUCUUCGAAGAGAAAACUUUUUUCCGGGAAUAUGAGAGCCCGCAUCUUUUUUCAUAGACUUAUAUGGCAACUUUCAAAGACAGAUUUGGAAUCAGCGUGAUAAACUACUUCUAGGAAACAUGGUCUCAUUUAGAAGCUCCACUGUGAGCUGAGACCAUUCCCUGGUAAGAACAGAAAAAGCUGACGCCUUUGAAGUGAAAAAAUAAAUUAUUUAUGCAUGGAAACACACUUCAAAUCGAGUUCCUCAUGAUUUUAUAUGGGAAAAUCUUGGAAUUGACCGUCUUUCUCUACUGAUCGUAACGGCACAGGUGCGAGGACAGCCGCGGAUCUUCCUCUUCGGAAAUCUCCUCAAAUAGCUGCUCCUCGUCUUGUUCGCCAACGACGGCCAACCAGGAAGGUCAUGAACUUCGACGGAACCGGCAUCAACGGGGCGGUUGGUUGUUUUUUUUUCAUCGCUGUGCCGAAGCUUCGAACUUUUUCUAAUGGUCGGCAGAGUUCUUUUUUUGUAAACUUUAAAUCUUAUCGUUUUUAAACUCUUUCUAGCACUCAAAUGUUUGGAAUCUGAUCAUUCAACAUGGAAAGUUCGCUCGUAAAAGAAACUUUUAUGAUUUGACAGAUUAGAAAUACAUAUAAAGCAAACGAACGUGUCUGUUAUCCACGGACUGUGUACGUUAAUCCACUCUGCUUCUGACACACGAGGCUUAUUUAUUUUAUGUUUGGAAUUUUCUGGAAUUUGGCAAAAAGUUUAUGAUGUAUAGUCUGUGUGCCACGAGUUGAAAUUACACGGAACGACAUUCCGCUGUUCCGCUGCGUGCGUUCGCGAAGCGUCUUUCGAAUCUAGGUCACGCUUUCAAUUCAUUGUUAUUGCUGUGGGAGCACAUGAAAGUAGAGUACAUUAAUAAGAAGAAAAAAAAAAUCAAAAGCGCAACCAAUGUUCGCAAAGGCGCGCAGCGGCACAGCGGAAUGUCGUUUGGGGAAAUUUCAAGUCGUGACAAACAGACUAUAUACAUUUUUCCUGACUUGAAAGACGAGAUGGGAAGUCAAAAAAGAAAAAUGAAAUGAAAUUUUCUCGAUAAAAAACCGCGUCGCAACUCUUCACUUCUCCCCAGUCUGAUAAUCUCGUUUUUCAAGUCGGAAAGGAUUGACCAUACCAGAUAAAAAUCCUGGAAAAUUUGACCUGCAAAACUUCCCGAUUUCUGAGAACUUUGCGUUGCAUCUUCAAAUAUAUAUAUCUGGUAAGUGGAAUAGUCUUUUGGCCAAAAUCUCAAAAUUCCCAAACAAUAAUCAAAACGAGCUUCCCUGUGAGCUGUUGUCUGUCAACCCAUUCUGUCCUCCGCUCUCCUGGGUUCAGCUUAUCAACGUGUUCAGACCAGUCUUCGUCGUCGGACCUGGAAGUCGGCGGCGCACGAACGUCUCCGAACGCUCUUCUCGGCGAGACAGAAUCUGACGGGAGUUACAUGAACUCGAUGCGGCACGACGGCCUUCACCACUCUCAAGAGAACGGCCAUCGUCAUCCCAUGCAGCCUAUGCCCCUGCAUUUGUGUUCGUUUCUAACCUCCGUACAUCGUUCCGCAGCAAGCUUACAGUAAUAGAACACAGAAAGUUGAGCUUCGAGCUAGAAAAAAAAAGAUAUAUUUUGAACAAAACCAAAAUGAAGAAGUUUUCCACUACUGCCAAAAAUCGUGAAUCAUGCUUUUCAUAAAUUUUGAAGACGACUAUUUCGUAAAUUAUUCAAUUAUGACAGUCACUAAUAUGAAGUUGAACGAAGUGAAUAAUAAGUACGUGUUAUAUUCUGUCCCUUCAACAGUACACAAUGUACUCCCGGCAGGUUAAUAUUAGUCAAAUGAAAUAAGAACUUUUCACAAGUAUUAGAAAGAUUCUUAAACGAAGACUUGUAAACGAGCACAUCAUUCCAGACGAGUAUAGUCAAUGUUUGCCGACUUGAAAGGCGAGGGAGGCGGGGCAGGGGGCGGGACGCGUAGCGUGUGCGUACGCGGUUUCAAAUUCGCUCUUUUUCAUUUAUUUUUAAAUUGUUUAUUGAGUUUUUUUCACAUUAAAAAAAGUAGUACAUACAAAGAAAGAGCUCUGACCGAACUUUUUGAGUAGUCGGUGCGCUAGAAAUAAACUCGUGCCAACAACCGCGUACGCACACGCUACGCGUCCCGCCCCGUCCCCCGCCUCUUUCGCCUUUCAAGUCGUGAAACAUUUACUAUAAUUCUAAGAAAAUAGCUAAUUCUAAUGCUGACCAGGUGUCUAAACGGAUGUAACCGUUAAACCCGUGUUUUUUCGAGACUAUUUGUGUCUCAGUUAUCAACUGUGAUAAAAAAAAAAGACAAAUCUCUAUAAACUAUGCUUAUACGGGUUCAACACGGGGGCACCCGCUGAGACCCCGUAAUUUCUGUUUAACCCUCAUCACCAUGAGAGGAAUCUUCAAACUGAAAUAGAGAAUUCCCGCUAUUGGCUAGGUUAUAGGCACACACAUAACAGUACCUUGAGAACCUUGAUGACUGGCUAUUCUAACGAAAAUGAGGAUGUAACCCACAGUGAAACCCGAAAAAAGUGAAUUUUCGUAAACGGGGUACAUCUCUGGUUACACUGCGGAGUCCACCGCAACUUUUGUUAGAGUAGACUGACUUCCCAUAAGUCCGGUUUUAUAAAUCAUUCCAACAUCGUCGGUUACAGCGUUCGGAAGAUGCUCAGACGGCGCGACGACGGGUCCUUCGGCGGUCGGGACGCCAGCUCCUGCACGUCGCACUCGCUCGGCCAACGACGGCAUGCUCAAGUGCCAGUUUUGCCCCAAAAAGUUCAUCAACGACCGCGCGGUAAUUUUCUUUCAAUAUAUAUCUGAGGCCUUGUGUUUAUAAUUUUAGUAAUCCAGAAAGAUAUCGGAAUAGUCUAAACCAGGCGCUUUGAAAACGCUAGAAGUGGCUUUCGGCAACUGAGCUAUCCUUUUUUCUUUUUUUGAUAAUUCCCUAUGUAUUUCACAACGGAAAAUCGAGCAAUAUCAGCAUUCUGAAUAUAUUUCAGCUUCACAAUCACAUGUCGGACUGUAGGAUGAUUCGAAGCCACGAAUGCGCGCAGUGCGGCAGGAGAUUCAAGGUAAAAUAUUUUAAAAAAAUACCCGCUUUUUCAUAUUUAUUUUGUUUUUCUCAUUUCUAGCCUAUUUUUGCAGAAAUUUUUGAUUUUGACCAAGUUAGUGAUUUGAGUAAGAUGAUACAAAAAAACAUGAGAAAGUACUAUGGAAAUAAUUCAAAAAUCUUUCCAAAAAAUAGACUUCCAGGCGCGUGGCGGUUUGCAACAACACAUGCGGAUCCACAGUAACGACAAACCGUACAACUGUCAUUUUUGCACUAAAAGCUUCACCCAAAAAAGUCAUCUUGAUCAACAUGAACGAAUCCAUACUGGUUUGUCCAUAACUUUUUUUUUUUGAAGCCAUAGGCCUUCCAUAGACUCACAAUGAACUUUUGAUGGAAGACUUUGAAGUAAUAGUCUUUCUCCCCAGAAGUCGCUUUAAUUCUCGAAUAAUUAAUAAACCCAAAAGCUAAUGAUUUUGCCGCUCUAACACAGGCAAAAUCCAAACGACCUCAAAAAUGCCUUAAAUAGAAGAGCCUAAUGCUCCUUUUUGAAUUCCUAAAAAGGUGUCAAAAGCUCACCAAUCCCCUUUUUUUAAAUCUUUUUUCCGUCUUUUUUGCUCCUGAAAAGGUCCUAUUCAGAAAAAGUCUGGAAAAAAGGCGUCUUUGAGGCUUUCUAGAGGCCAUUUUUUCCAAAAGUCCUUUUUGAGACCUUUUGGACUUUUCCCGUGAAUAUACAUUUAAAAAAAAGCGCGACGCUAACGGUAUCGAUGAAAAUUAAGUGAAAGAUCUGAAUGCAAUAGAAGCGAUGAAGUCAGAUGAGCAAUGAUUAAAUACUCCGCUGAAGUCUAGGCGUCUUCUCGAUACUCAAAAAAGUAAAGAAUUGAGCAAAUCGUUUCCAGGAGCGAAGCCGUUUACAUGUCAGUUCUGCGGUCGAGCAUUCCGGCAAAGGUCGCAGCAAAUGGGCCACGAGGCGACCCACGGGGCUCAGUCUGCCACGUCGCCCUCAGCCGCGACUUUGCCCUCAGGAACAGGCGCAACUCCGAGUGGCAGAGGCCGGAGAAGUCCGUUUCUACUUCUUUUUUUUUCAUUUUGUGAAAGAGGAAUCCCCAAAAAUGAAUCACUUUAAAUAGAAUUCAAGUCUACGAGCCCGGAUCUCCACUAAACUGAUUGCUAGAGUAUUUGGCUUUUUUUAAAAAUAGAAAGCUGGAAAAAAGCCGUAAAAUUUCCGAACAACCUAUCAUAAUUCUACUUGUGUUGGAAGAUUUUAGAACGAAAUUCGUUUCAAAUUUUUUGCUUGAAAAAGAUUUUCCCGCCCUUUCCCUCGUAUCCUUAUGCGUUCCGGUCUGCGGCGGAGUCGCGAAAUAAACGGCCGGAAAAGUAACUUGGGACAGAUAAUGAACUUCCGCAAUUCUUCCGUGAGCCACGAUUUAAGAUUUGAAAAAGUUUUUUCACAAAGAUAAAAAUAGAUGAAUUGAAUAAAGGCAUCUGAAUCUGUUCAGAAGGGUCCGGCAAAGCAAACUCGCGACAGACGGACAACAGCUUCAACGGCGUCGAUCCUGGCAUCAGCCUGGACGCCGCGGCGACAGUUGCAGCAGCUGCGAUGAUGCAGCAGCAGCAGAUGGGCCUCACGAGUGACUUGCUCGGACAGCUGGAGGUCUUUUUAUAGUUUUCGGAGCAACUUCUUCCACAAGAUUCCUAAUUUCGCUCAUUAGGGAAGAAACAAUUUCAAAAUGUACUUAAUCGUAUUUUCGCACUCUUUCCGACAAUUGUUCAUCGUUUUUCAGUAGCUCGUGAUUUCAGACGUCGCGUGAGAUGAUGGAAGGCCUGUCUCCUUCGACAGUGGCCGCCCACAUGAACAUGAACAUGACGAACACGUCGGCCAUCUCCUCUCUGCUGGCCCUGUCUUCGCCGCACGUCUCGACUCCGCACAUGCAGCACCACCAUCAUCACUCUCACAUGCAGCCACACGACAUGCAGCCGAACUUGCUGCAGCCGCCGCAGCUGCACAACGCCCAGCUGCAGUCCCACCAGCUGAGUGCAACCGACUUCCCCUCGACGCUUCAGAUGCAGCAAGCCGUCGGGCUCAUCAACGGUCUUCACUAA